CCGGUCACGAAGAUGGCGGCUUCCUAGCAGCGGGCGGCCGGGUUGAAAGGCGGCGCAGGCGUCCGUGAGCGAGAAAGUGGGUGUUGACAGCGUGGCGACCUGGUCCUAGAGGGCCCCGCGCCGCGCCUGGCUCCUCCGCGAGUUCUGGCUUUCUGCGGCUUCGCUUCCAUCCCGCUUGCGGCUUUGUUGGGGCUGCGGGGCGCGCCGAGAGCCAGGCUGGCGGUGCCACCGGCGCCCUGACUUUCCUCCUAGGCCCUAUACCGUUCCCUGCCGCUCUCUGCAGAAGCCUCUCUGGACCGCCCAGCGCCCCGGGGAGAGUCCUAGAGGUGCUUAUUCCUUGAUUACCAAGAGUUUCAGAAGCAGAGGACCCUGGCUUCCCCCGUGUCUGCUCCACCGGGCCACUCGGGAGCCAUGGAGGUGGCCGAGUCCAUCAGUCCGGCAGAAGAGGAGGAGGAAGAGGAGGAGGAAGAGGAGGAGCAGGCAGCGGCAGAGCCCAGGCCCCCCACACGCUCCAACCCCGAGGGGGCAGAGGACCGAGCGCUGGGGGCCCAGGCCAGUGUGGGCAGCCGCAGUGAGGGCGAAGGCGAGGCAGCCAGUGCAGAUGACGGCCCCCCUGGCCCUUCCGGAACUGGUCCCAAGCCCUGGCAGGUGCCCCUGGCCACACCCGAGGUCCAUGUCCGGACACCAAGGGUCAACUGUCCAGAGAAGGUGAUCAUCUGCCUGGACCUGGCAGAGGAGAUGGCAUUGCCGAAGCUGGAAUCCUUCAACGGCUCCAAGACCAACGCCCUGAACGUGUCCCAGAAGAUGAUCGAGAUGUUUGUGCGCACCAAGCACAAGAUCGACAAGAGCCACGAGUUCGCGCUGGUGGUGGUGAAUGACGACAUGGCCUGGCUGUCCGGCCUCACCUCAGACCCCCGCGAGCUCUGCAGCUGCCUGUACGACCUGGAGACUGCACCCUGCUCCGCCUGCAACCUGGAAGGUCUCUUCAACCUCAUCCAACAGAAGACAGAGCUGCCUGUCACGGAGAACGUGCAGACCAUCCCUCCUCCAUACGUGGUCCGCACCAUCCUGGUGUACAGCCGGCCUCCGUGCCAGCCCCAGUUCUCCCUGACAGAGCCCAUGAAGAAAAUGUUCCAGUGCCCGUAUUUCUUCUUCGACAUCGUGUACAUCCACAACGGUGCUGAGGAGAAAGAGGAGGAGCUUAGCUGGAAGGAUAUGUUUGCCUUCAUGGGCAGCCUGGAUACCAAGGGGACCAGCUACAAGUAUGAGGUGGCACUAUCUGGGCCAGCCCUGGAGCUACAUAAUUGCAUGGCCAAACUGCUGGCCCACCCGCUGCAGCGGCCCUGCCAGAGCCAUGCCUCCUACAGCCUGCUGGAGGACGAGGAGGAGGCCACGGAGGUAGAGGCCACUGUGUGAGCCAGCCAGCUCAAACUGAUCACCGUGGGACCCCGCUGGGAGUUCCAGGAGACACCCAGGACACAAGGAUGUGUGUGUGUGUCUGGGUGUCUGGGGGUCCCCAAUAGGUAACCAAGAUCCCAGCAGACUCUGGAUACCCAUUCCCCAUACUUCCCACCUAUCGUUUGUCAAAUGGGCAUUUUUAUUCUU